UGCAGCGCUGGCCGCGCAGAAUGCCGCUGAUACCAACACACACCUUUUCUAGGAUACACGCACCUGCCGCAACAGGGGAAAAACUAGUGCUUAUUUCCCUUACACUGUUUAAGCUCCAAGGGUUUGACCUCUGACCACACCGCAGUGGGACGGAAGCUUGGAGGUAACAGCUCUGCAUUAAGGGACGAGGUAGAAGAAGUGAAGAAAAAACAUGUGAGAAUGUCAAGACACUGGCCAAAGGGGAUUGCAUAACACCGUGUCCAUCGUCCCUCAUUAUUGCCAGAGUCAUGAGUCAGUUGACAGUUUGAUGAAAAGAACCACUUCAGCAGCCUUUGCACUAAAUUUUAAUUAAGAAUGAACUCAUAUUCCUCUAGUGGAAAGACUCAUUUUUUACUCGGCUUAAAGUUGUAUCAGCAUGAGUGAGAUAGACUUCAGCACUCCAUCAGACACCACCUAGAAUCCAGCGAAGAGACUGUGCUAAUAUUAUAAAAGGAAAAAAGCAACAUUUCCCCACACAGCCUGGCCCUCCAGGACUGGAGUCAUAGCUAAUGUAAUGCUUGUCAUGGCCAGUGUCACUGCUGCGGAGGAUUCGGCAAACGACUGUACGACACCAUUACGAAAUCCACUGCCAUUAAAACUGUCUACAACCUCAACAAAUGACCCAAGCCAAGGACGUGACAGCACUUCCUGCCCUCCAGCAGUACCUCCACCACCACCUCCACCUCCUCCACCACCUCCCCAGGCCCCAGGUAAUCCUGGCCAACAUGCGUCACGCAAGAAACGACGGGUCCGGAGCUUCUUCUGGAAAACCAUCCCAGAGGAGAAGGUUAGAGGGAAACCCAAUAUUUGGACUCUAGCGGUAAGACAACAGCAGUAUCAGAUUGAUGUGAAGACAGUAGAGGAGCUUUUCGGCCAGCAGGAGGAAGUUCGAACCCAGACAAGCAGUGGACAUCCUCGUACUGGGAGAUCCAGAGGUUCAUUUAAGGAGAGCAAAGAUGAGAUCAGCAUCUUGGACUCCAAGAGAGGAAUGAACAUUGGAAUUUUCCUCAAACAGUUUAAGAAGUCCAAUCAUGCAAUAGUAGAGGACAUCCGUCUGUUCAACAGUAAGCAAUAUGGAGCUGAGCCACUGAAAGAACUGCUCAAACUACUACCAGAAGCAGAUGAGGUGAAGAGAUUGAGGGAAUUCAAAGGAGACGCAAAUAAGCUGACACUGGUUGAUUCCUUCAUGUUCCUGCUCAUUCAAGUGCCACGCUUUGAUGUGCGUAUUGAAGUCAUGGUACUUCAAGAAGAGUUUCUCCCAUUAUGUACUGCCAUGAGUCGUGACAUCAGCAUUGUGCGUCAGGCAACUGAAGAUCUAAUGAAUUGUGAAGAGCUCCAUGCCAUUUUACAUUUGGUUCUCCAAGCGGGAAAUAUCAUGAAUGCAGGUGGCUAUGCAGGCAAUGCCGUAGGCUUCAAAUUGUCCUCUCUUCUUUCUCUGGCUGACACAAAGGCCAACAAGCCUGGCAUGAACCUGCUCCAUUUUGUGGCAUUAGAAGCACAGAAAAAGGAUGAGGCACUUUUAAAGUUUCCAGAGAAGCUAACACAUGUUCAGAGUGCAGCCAGAAUUUCAGUAGAAAAUAUAGAAGGAGAGUUUUCCUCACUCUAUGUGAAAACACGGUCUUUGGAACAGAAGAUUCAAGAUGACGAUGAGCUGCAAAAGCAGCUAGAUCCAUUUUUGCAGAGUUCAACAAAAGCCCUGCAGGACCUUAAGCACCGCAGGCUGGACUUGCGCAAAGAGGGUAAUGCCCUCAUUGACUUCUUCUGUGAAGACAAAGACACCUUCAAAUUGGAUGAGUGCUUCAGAAUCUUCCAAGAUUUCUGUCUAAAGUUCAAAAAAGCUGUGAAGGACAACUUGGACAGAGAACUGAAAGAGGAAACUAGACAGCGCCGCUUACGGGAAUUAGAGGAGAGACGGUGUGCCUGGGGUGCAGCCAAUAUUGAAACAGGUGGUAAUGGAGGUUUUGGUCGCAGCAGCAGCGAAAAUGAUGUUGACAUCUUAACCAAAGAUGGCCUCCUGGACUUCCUGCUUCAAUCAAGACCUCAAAGCCCACACAGUCCUUUAGGGCGCUCAGCUAGCGCUCGCCGCUACCACCAUACAUCUAGUGAUCGCAGCCUUCGUGGCUAUAUGGAGCUGGUAUCUGGGUCUUCAGCAAGUGAAUACGCCAAAUUCAGCAGCCUGCCACGUUCAAGCAGGAACCAUCAAAGAAAGACCACACCAUGGCUUGUCUUGCAGGAUGAUAAUAGAGAGCUAGAUCCACAAAGUCAGGUUUACCAAGAGAAACUAUCAGCUUCACCAACGGCUGAGACAGAACCAAUCAGUCCUUUGGCAAGAUAUUCAAAUUUAGGCUACAACGUGAACAGUGAUCCCUAUAGUAAUAAUAAUAACUAUAGUUCUCUCUCUGAAGGUGGUGUUACACCUCGAUUAAAUAAAACAAAAAAUGUCUUUCAGGGGACAUCUGGUCAAGGUAUUGGACAUAUGAAUGUUUCUGUUGAGAAACGCAAACUAGUCUCUGGGCUUCAACCCUUUGAGAUAACCAGCCAGAUCAAUAACAACAGUCAUGUUUCUUUGGACAAUCAACAUGAAGUGUUUGUAACUGAUCUAGAAGAAGACCCUCCCAAAACUUUUGUUCUUGAUACACCACCAUCUAGUAGGAGUUCUGAGGAGGGGCAUAAGCCAGAAAAAGUAUGGAAUGACAAAAUUAUCUCAUCACAGAGGGACGAAGCAGACACAAGUACCUUCUCUUCAACAUCUUGUGACACCCCAUUGCCCCUUGAUCCCUCCAGUAAGAAACCUGUGUUUUAUGUCAUGGACUGCACUGAAACAGAUUGUUCCAUUGUGUUAGACUGUUCUGAGAUUGAGAGUUCUCCUAUCAUAAAAGAAGGACCUGGACUUAUCCCAAAGUUACAGGAUGUCAACUUUCCAAGAAUCAUUCAAGACACAAAUUCUCUUUCCUCCAAUUUUGAGGCUUCAGAUUGUCACUUUGUGUCCACAUCAAGUGAUGAACCAUUUGCAGGAAGGGUCGAUCAAACUUCAGAAUCAGUCAGUCCAUCUGUAACUACUGAAGAAGCAGAGACAGACAGCUGUGACACAGCUGAAGGGCAAAAAGUUGAGGAGAAAGGUGUUCAGACAGGUAGCCCCAAAACAACACUUAUCAAAACCAAGACUCCAUCCAAAGGGACCCCUCACACCAGCCGUCCUACAAGAACCCUCACAGCUACUGAGACUCAGAACAUGCGGAAAGUAGUGCCCAUUACAAGGCAAAAUCGAUCUAGUAGCAGCAUGAGAAAGGUCGAUAAACCUCCUGUACAUGAGAGCACGGAACCCAGACGUCCAUUUCGAGACCAAAGCAUGCCAGCCAGGAGAGGUGAGAGACAAGGUAGACCUACAAGACAUUCAAGCCUCCCACCAGAGGAUCCUAGGGCACCAAGAGGUUUGACACCAAGCAGCUCUCGUUGGGGAAGGGACUCAAUUCAACACAGACCCUCCAUCAAGAAAGCCAAUGCCAAACCUGUUCGUAACAUUCCUAAACCAGCACCAGAGGAAAAGAUGUGUCGCUCUACAAUGCGUGCCUUGGCUCAAGCUCAGGCCCAAGAAACCUCAGAAGGAGGUACCACUGACAGUCCCAACAACAUCCCAAAAAGUUCUUCACCUUUGCCUAGCUUUGCUCGCAACACUGUGGCAUCUACUUCUAGAUCUAAAAAAGACUUGCCAUCAGCAACUGUAACCGGAACACCAUCAAAGAGCUUAUCGAGAACUAGCUCUCAGAGAUUGCCUGGUGGUAGAACAGAGUCUGUCAGUAGCGGACCUUUGCCAAGGAGUGAGGAUAAAUUAGGAGGCUCGAUUAGGAGGGUUCAAAGUGUAAGAGCUUCAAGUCGAAGCAGUGACACACCUUCACAAUCUGGUCGAGAUCACUCCCUUAAAAGUAGCAGUUUCUCAGACAGAUCCACACCAACUAGAGACACCAUCUCCAGCAGGACCAGCAAACCCACAUGGAAAUAAUGUGGACAUAUUAUAUAGUGGCUCUAAAAACAAUGUUCAACAAGGAAGAUCAAGUUUUUCUGCACAUACUUAAGAGGCACAAAUGCCUUUUAAAUUAUUCUGAAUGUAUCUACAGCCUUUGUAGCUGAAGUAGUGUUGCUAGAUGCUCAGCAAGACUUUCAAGAAUUCCAUGAGCUACUGUCAGCAUUUGACAGCACAUUUAGAUAGCACUUCCACAUCCACGCGAGGAUGGUUUUGAUGGCCUUUUCUUACAUAUACUUACUUGACACAUUUUCAUCUGUCACAGAAAACACAUCAAUCACAAAUUGUAUUUGGUGUUAAACAUAUUUUAUAUUCUAUAUUAAUACUAAGACCUUGUGGAGAUGUUCUCACAAAUUGCUGAGAGCAAAUAAAAUAGAAAACAGUUUGGCAA